AUGACCAAAGUUGCACUCCAGCUCGCAAUCACGCGCCAAACAGUUGUCCACGUAUGGCGGACGUUUCGCAACCGUGGCAGCAUCAAGUCGAGUAAGGCAGGCAGGGUCGGCAAGAAGAUCGUGCAAACAGCCAACGAAAUCCAAGACCUCAGUCGCGCG